GGAUUCUUCUACACUGCCCUGCAAACAUGUCAGAAAUGGAAGCCGAAGAAUCAGCACCUGUAUGUGCAGGGAAACCUGAACAGCCUUUUCAGUCCGUCGUGCACUCUGCACAGGAAGAAGAAGGGAUCAAUGACAACAAUCAGACAGAAGACAAUAGCAUAUCAUAUGAGAUAGAAAAAAUAAUCGGUUCAAAAAAGGACGAGAAUGGGAAAGUGCUGUAUAAAGCGCGAUGGAUUGCACACACAUGGAUUCCAGAGGAUUGUUUGGCUUCAUUUCACCAUUUAAUUAAGGAGUAUUGGGACGAAGUUGAGACAAAGAAGCAAACAACUGCAGAUGAUUCUAAUGUAAUUGAACUUACAAGCGAUAUUUCGAUAAAAGAAAUUAUUGAAGAUACGUCAGAAGUACAGACGUCUAUUGCUGCUGCCUCUGCUGCAACAGAAAAUCAAAGAGAAGACGCAGUUUUCACAGAAUCAGCCGACGAUGUAUCAUAUAACAACUACGAUAACCUUAGCAAUGUGGACAACGUGAGCUCAACAACAUCAAAAGACGAUUCUACCAUAUAUUGCCCCAAAUGCAAUCAACGUUUCUAUUUGAAAAGCAACCUCGAGGUUCAUGUGUUGUUUUGUAAAGGGCAACAAAAACAAUCAAAUGAAUCAGCAGCAAAUGAUGCUCCUGCCACACAGGGUGUUUCAAACGAAGAGAUGUCCGAUUCUCAAACCUUCGAGUAUGUGCCUUUUGAUGCCGCGACAGCGCAGGCGUGUGCAUCGUGCUUGAAGCGAUUUCCAGACAGUGAGGUAAGCGGGGCAGCGUUGACAGACAUCACGCAACUGAUUGAAAAUUCGCAGAAGAAUAUCAUCUCGGAUAAGGUUGAAGUGUAUGAAUGCAACGAGUGCAAGCGCAAUUUUUUAUUUGCAUAUCCUACAGGAAAACCGGAUGCAGGGAGCGAGAUAAAGAAAUGUAAAAGCGCUGCCAAGACGUAUAAGUGUUCAAUAUGCAAUAGAUCUUUUGUAGAAGAAAACGAGAUGCUUGAGCACGAGGUGAAACACGCGAAUACAGCGAGUCGGUACGCAUGCGCGACAUGCAAUGAGAAGUUUGUCACCAGAGAUUUGUUACAGAAACACUACGAUAACACAGAUAACUUGUGCAAGCCCCGGAAAUGCAAAAUCUGUGGUCGUACAUUUAUACACCUGAAUCAUUUAAAGAGACACUUAACCAUUCACGCUGGCAUCAAACCUUUUUCUUGCACCAUCUGUGGUCACGAGUUUAAUCAAAAGAGUGAUCUGUACAGACACGAGAAACUCCAUACGGUGGACGGUAAGUUGACAUGUAGCAAAUGUGCGCAAACUUUUUCCAGUAUUGAAGAGCUCCGAGAGCAUGCCAAAACACAUACUGCAAAAAGCGGAGAAGACUCGAAAUCUAGUUUUCCCUGCGAUCGUUGUGGUAAAACGUUUGGUCGCAAGUCACACCUAAAGCGUCACCUGAGUGUACACGAUGGCUUGAAACCGUAUGCGUGCGACCAAUGCGGCAAAUCGUUUAAUCAACGCACGGAUUUAAAACGUCAUCUAAUGUCCCAUAUGAGGCGCGAAUUAAAAGCGAAAGGAGUGGAGAAAAGUCGAGAAAAGGUGGCAAUGUCAGAAAGCGACAUCGUGUGUACUAUUUGCAACAAGGCAUUUCCCACACGAGCCGCAUAUCUUGUACAUUCACUCAGCCAUCAAAAAAUAAUGAACACAGGUGCGUUGUACUGAACAACCUAGUUGUCCGUGGUAAAUAUAGUAAAAAUCAUAACGGGUAUAGCUAUAUUAAAAGCGAUUUGUGUUGUAUACUUCAAAUUGUAUAUUGUAUUUAAUUGCAUCUUUUUUAACGCAUAGUUGCUAUUCUGUACACCUUUUGAUGUGAAAGCAUUCCUGAUUUCUUAGAA